AGUACCCGAAUAUUUUGAAGACAACCACCAUCACAAAACACGGUCUACACAUCCUGACUCUCGUGUUUUAGGCCCUGUGAAUGACAAGAAGCUAUGGACAUUGACGAUGAAUUCGUUUCAACUGGUCGAUCUAUCGACAUUGAACUUGGCAGUCAGGAAGUUAUUACCAUCGACCUCGACAACCUUGAUUCUAAUCCAGAAGACGUUCUUGAACUCCUGAGGGAUGGCCAAUGUAAAGUGUGGGUCUGGGCAAAGCUUGCUGGUGAAUAUUGGAGAAGAGGGUAUUGUGAGGCCGCGGAGCAGAUUGCGAAUAACGCUAUUGCUUCGUUCAAAAUGAACGGAAACGCGGCAUCGCUGUCCCCAAUCUACUCCUUGCUUGCAAACAUUCAAAUUGAUCAUUCUCGGAGAGCUCCGAAGCUAAUUCUACCUAAUGCUCGUGAGGACAUAAUGACCAACCAAAAAUCCAAGGAAGAAUACCAUAGAGAAGCUGCCUCUCUGAUCAAUGCUGCGUCUAGUUCCGCAUCAGAGGCGAGCCAGUCAGGAGAACCAGCAGUCAGCAUGGAACUCGCAUUCCUAACUCGCGGUAUUCAACAACUUGCUACGCGUCACAUGGAUGAGGCAUUGCGUUCGUUCGAAGACGUGCUCGCAACGAAACCUACCAACCUCGUUGCGCUACUUGGCAAGGGCCGAAUUCUCUAUAUGCGUAGAAAUUACCCUCAGGCGCUUCAAAUUUUUCAGCAAGUCUUGAGAUAUAAUCCACAAUGCCAUCCAGAUCCUCGUAUCGGGAUUGGAUUAUGCUUCUGGGCUAUGAACAAUCAAGCUAAAGCCAAGGCGGCCUGGGAACGCAGUUUGGAACUUAAUCCUUCGGAUUGGACUGCACAACUACUACUUGGCUUGGAGUCAGUAAAUUCCAGCAAAGACGGUCAUCUCAAGGAAGAAGAGCGCGCGCGCUUAUUUCUCAGUGGGACCAAAUUGAUCGAGAAGGCAUUCAAUGCCAAUCAGAAAAACGCGUCCGCGGCAAACGCUCUCUGCGAAAUCUUCGUCCAGAAAGGAGCGUUCAAACGAGCGCUCAAACUCGCUGAAAGGACCAUUCAAUUCGCUGAUACCUUGCCCCUUCUCACAGAAGGUUAUAUACGCGCAGGACGGGUUUCACAUGCUGAAGGCAACUUUCUAGCUGCUACACGGUACUAUUCCUCAGCAACUGAAGGUCAACCGAAGCACGUACUUGCUGCAAUUGGGCUUGCUCAAAUGCAGAUGAACAAUGAUGAACCGGGUGGUGCUAUCAACACUCUAGACAACCUUUUGCAGGCUCCGAAUCCUCAGAAGUCGCUCGAAGCUACUGUGAUGCUUGCUUCGCUUCGCGGCUCACCUAGGCCCGGAAUAUCCAGCAGCGAGAUGGUCCAAGAGCGUGCGCGUGCCCGUGAACUGUUUGACAGAAUCAGCAAAACGCUCGAGAUCGAAGACGGCAAGGUUAAUGGCAGUGGACUGAGCAAGGCCUCACGAACGAUUAGUGAAGAUAUGAAUAUGCAUCUAGAGAUCGCUCGGUUAUGGCAGGACCAGAAUCUUGACCGUUCCUCGAAGGCUCUACAGGAAGCGCUGCAAAUCAGCCAGUUAUCCGGCACAACUGAACCUCGUCUCUUAAACAAUUUGGGAGCGUUGCAUCAUCUAGAUUCAAAUUAUUCUCAAGCGCUAGGAUUUUAUGAAGCCGCUUUGAUGGAGAGCAUGAGCUCUGAGAAUGCAGAAAUCAUCUCGACAUCUAUUUUGUAUAAUCUCGCGAGGGUAUACGAAGAUCAGGAAGAGGUAGAGAAAGCGACCGAUGCAUAUGAAAAACUUUUAUCGCGGCACCCGGAAUACGUGGAUGCAAAGAUACGGCAGGCUCAGCUACUACACAAUAUUAAGCGUAACAGCGAAGCUCACGAUCUUAUCAAAGAGUCACUUGCUUCCCAGAGUAGCAAUUUGAAUUUACGCGCCUUUUACACCUACUUCCUUGUCCAGACGAACCUUACGAAAAAUGCCAAAGACUUUGUAUUCACAACACUGAAGGACUUCGACAAGCACGAUAUUUACUCGUUAUGCGCAGCAGGCUGGAUCCACUACAAUCAGGCUCGUGAAAGCCGUGAUACGAGUUCCAAGGGAACAGAAGAACGUCGACGAGGGUUCCAGAGAUCUACCGAGUUCUAUGAAAAGGCUUUGCAGCUGGAUCCUUUUUGCGCCUUUGCUGCUCAGGGCCUGGCCAUUGUCACGGCAGAGGAUGCUCUAGGCGCGCUGAGUGGUGUUUCGUUAUCGGCAGGGGACGAAGCUCAAAGGCGUAUCCAGAGUACCCGUGAUGCAUUGGAUGUAUUCGCUAAGGUUCGCGAAUCUAUCAACGAUGGUAGUGUGUACCUCAACAUGGGACACUGCUAUUAUGCUCGUGAUGAAUUUGACCGCGCCAUUGAAAGUUACGAAACCGCUUCAGUACGGUUCUACCGCGGCCAGAACGUGCCCGUCCUCCUAUGCCUCUGUCGGUCGUGGUAUGCAAAGGCCAUGAAAGAUCAAUCUUACUCUUCUAUUAAAACGGCAUUGAAAUAUGCCCAAACGGCCAUUCAUAUUCAACCCAACGAUAAGGCAAUACUGUAUAAUAUUGCCAUGAUACAACAGAAGUCAGCUGAGAUGUUGUUCUCCUUACCUCCUGCAAAGCGCACACUGAAGGAUCUACAACGAGUUAUUGAGAUGGCACAGCACGCCCAUAAGUUGUUUGGCGCCCUAGCUUCUGAUAAGUCGCAGCAGGUACCAUACAGCCGCGACAUUGCAGAUCAACGACGAAAAUACGGAGAGAACAUGCUACGAAAGAAAGAUGAUCAUAUAUCUUCGCAAACGAAGCAUGAAGGGGAAACGCAGGCUAGACUGGACUCUGCCAGGCAAAUUCGUUUCGAAGAGAGGCAGCGGCAGGAAGCGGUGGAGAAAGAAAAAAUGGAAGCUCUUCGGAAGGAAGCCGAGAAGUUGGCACAAGAACGACGAUUGGCUAGGGAACAGGCUCUUGAAUGGACGCGUGAGGCACGAAUGAACGAAAGUGACGAAGAGAAGGAAAAAAGACCGAAGAAGGCUAAAAAAUCCAAAGGUGAUGGAACCGGUAGCGGUGACGAGGGUGAUGCACCAAAGAAGAAACGCCGAGGUAAAAUCAGGAAAGCCAAUGGCGAACCUACUGAGGAAGGUGAAGAGCCCGCAGCCGUAUUUUCAGACGAGGAUGAGGCUGAGAGGCCUACAAAGAAGCGCACGAAAAAACGGGUUGUCAGAGACGAUGAUGAAGACGAAGUGCAGACAGGUCCUCAACGUAAAAAGCAGUUUAAAAGCAAAGAAGUUUUGUCUGAUACUGACGACGAAAUGGAGGGAUGAUAGUGUGCUCUACUUCUUGAACUUGUACCAUCUCUGAUUGCUUUCGACGUUUUCACAACUUGUUCUAACUUAUAGAUCUACUUUCAUUCUUAUAUAUAACUAA